AUGGCCUUUGGGAAAGGAGCGAUGGCAGCCAUCAGGAAGAAGCUGGUGAUCGUGGGAGAUGGUGCCUGUGGGAAGACCUGUCUGCUGAUCGUGUUCAGCAAGGACCAGUUCCCUGAAGUCUACGUGCCCACCGUGUUUGAGAACUACAUUGCUGACAUAGAGGUAGAUGGGAAGCAGGUGGAACUGGCCCUGUGGGACACGGCAGGACAGGAGGACUACGACAGACUGCGGCCCCUCUCGUACCCAGACACAGAUGUUAUCCUCAUGUGCUUUUCUAUCGACAGCCCAGAUAGCCUCGAGAACAUCCCUGAGAAGUGGACGCCAGAGGUGAAGCACUUCUGCCCCAACGUGCCCAUCAUCCUGGUGGGGAACAAGAAGGACCUGCGGAACGACGAGCACACGCGACGGGAGCUGGCCAAGAUGAAACAGGAGCCAGUGAAGCCAGAGGAAGGGAGGGACAUGGCCAACAGGAUCAAUGCCUUCGGCUACCUGGAGUGCUCGGCCAAGACGAAGGAAGGGGUGCGGGAGGUGUUCGAGAUGGCCACGCGCGCCGGCCUGCAGGUCCGGAAGAACAAGAAGCGCAGAGCCUGCCCACUGCUGUGA